AUGUUUGUGUACAUCUUUACAUCUGUGUGUAUUUAUAUAUUACGGCUAUUAAAAAGAAAUUGUGCUGCACCUGAUCAAAGCCGCUUUUGUGCUGCAACUAUUUUGGCCACACUGAACAAUGAUUACAAUGAUAUUUUUAAGGUUGAUGAUGACGAUGAAGAUCAAGAAGAAGAUAAUGACGGUGAUGAAGAAGACAAUAAUGACGAUGAUGGGCAAGAUGAAGAGGAUAAUGAUGUAGAUGAUGAUGAUGAUGAUGAUGAUGAUGAUGAUGAU